GCUAGUAGUGCUACUGAGGAACAUGACGAGGAGGAAGAAGUGGCUAGCAAAAAAUCAUCGUCCUCGUCGUCCGGGCAUGGUAGUCAGUCUCAGGAGUCCUCCCCGUGGAAACGGUACCAUACAACCCCGCGGCACGGCGGUGUGCGUCCGGAAGUGGAGAUCCUUUCGCCGACGGCCAACGGGUCGGAGAUGCAUUUUCGCGGAGCCGGUACGUUGCAGCGGGCCCAGGUGCGGGUGUUUGGUGAGAAGUUGGCCGCAGAGGGGGCCCCAGCCGUGAUCCUCGGAUUCGACGCGAACUCCAAAACGCACAUGGAAUACGUGCACUGGGUAUAGAACAAGUUUACUUUUUUUCUCUUUGAAAUUGAAUAAAAAAUCAGCAGGCACCGGUACAAAAACGGUGGCGCACUGUAUCUCAUGGCUUUAGCUUGAUGUGUUUCGUCUUUUCUGCUCUAUGCCAAGCGUGCUACCCGUUUGAUGUAUUAGGUGGCACAAGGAUACGAGAGUAUUGUUCGGCAGGAUGGGCGCAAUGUUCUUACGAGAUGUGAUGAUGAACGACCGUCGAUAGACAUAGAAGAUUUAGAUCAUUUACUUACUUAGUUACAAUUACAUCAUAACUGGCUGCACGUGCACGACCGGAUUACUUAUAUUUCAUUUCAACUUACGAAUACCACAGGUGUACCAGAACUUUUUGUUCAAAAAGGAAUACGAGAACAUGGUCCCCACGAUGAAGGAGGAACUGCAAAACUUCAGUGUGGGCCAGAAGUACGACGAAGAAGUCCAAGAACUCUUCCUGGAGCAAAUGCCGAACUUGAAACGGAUUGCUCCCUAA